AAGCCUUCCUGCGCAUGUGCGUUGCGGUUCUUCUCCACGUCGCUGCUGGUCCUCCGACAUGGCAGGAGCUGCGCGGAGGAAGUCUCCCGGCGCCCCGUCCCCUCUGUGGGGGAAACUCCACGCACUGUGGCAGGACAAACAUUUGGUCUUGUUCAAGACGGAAUACACGCUGCUGGUCGUGUCAGUGUUGUGGUUCCUGGAGAUCGGGUUCAAUGUGUGGGUCAUACAAAAAGUAGCAUACACCGAGAUCGACUGGAAAGCCUACAUGGAUGAAGUGGAGGGAGUCAUCAAUGGUACUUACGACUACACUCAGCUUAAAGGAGACACCGGCCCCUUGGUGUACCCGGCUGGCUUUGUCUACAUCUUCACAGCUCUCUACUACAUCACCAGCCACGGAGUGAACAUCCGUCUGGGCCAGUACCUUUUUGCAGUUUUCUACCUCAUCACCCUGCUGCUUGUCUUCAGGAUAUACAACCGCACCAAGAAGGUUCCUCCAUAUGUGUUCUUCUUUGUGUGCUGUGCAUCUUAUCGGAUCCACUCCAUCUUUGUGCUGCGUCUCUUCAACGACCCGGUGGCCAUGAUGCUGCUGUUUGCAGCCGUCAACCUCUUCAUGGACGGACACUGGACUCUAGGCUGCGGCCUUUACAGUUUAGCAGUGUCUGUGAAAAUGAAUGUGCUACUUUUUGCUCCGGGGCUGCUCUUCCUCCUCCUGUCUGAGUUUGGUCUAAUACGAACCAUCCCGAGACUUUCGCUGUGUGCAGCCAUACAGGUUUUGCUGGGUCUGCCUUUCCUCCUGGAGAAUCCGGUCGGUUACUUGAGCCGGGCAUUUGAUCUCGGCCGUCAGUUUAUGUUCAAGUGGACGGUCAACUGGCGCUUCCUGCCAGAAUGGCUCUUCUUGAAUCGGUACUUCCACUUAGCCCUGCUGGCUGCCCACCUGCUCACCCUGCUGCUCUUCGCUCUCCGCCAUUGGAAGAGACCAGGAGAAAGUGUCUUCGACCUCCUCAAGGAGCCAGGAAAGAGGAAGAUCCCUCCUCAGAAAACCACCGUCGAUCAGAUCGUACUGACUCUGUUCACCUCUAACUUCAUUGGAAUGUGCUUCAGCCGUUCAUUGCACUACCAGUUCUACGUCUGGUACUUCCACACGCUGCCCUACCUGCUCUGGAGUGGAGGAGUCAAGAAACUGGCCCACCUGCUCAGGGUCCUGAUCCUGGGUCUGAUCGAGCUUUCGUGGAACACCUACCCGUCCACUAACAGCAGCUCAGCCGCGCUCCACGUCUGUCACCUCAUCAUCCUCCUCUGUCUGUGGCUGGCUCCGCCCCUGCCCUCAGCUCCAGCGGAAACCCAAGACGAUACGCCCGCCAAAGAGAAACGCCAGUGAGCCGCAGCCUGAUCAGACCAGACAUCGUAGUUCGUCUCAUCAGCUGUCUCAACCUUCCCUCCCUCUUUGAUCCUCACAACACCGGUGCUGAGGGAGGUCGCUGGGGCAGACUGUUUUAAUACAAGGAGCCAUCCGAUGCUUCUCAUCUCAGCUUACUGCUAAAAGUGAAGGAAGCUAAUGUGUGGGUGUCAGUCUGCAGACCCACACCAUGAAAACGGCUUGCAGUUGAAGAGAUGAAAAGAGAAAGGAAAUGUGAAUUCUCAGGUUUCAUUUUCAGAUAGAUAAAGAACGGUGGAGUACAGUGCGGGGAGGAAAUUGUGAAUGUCAUGCUGUUUUGAAAGAAUUUGUUACAUAGAUUAUAGUAUUUCUACAUAUUAUGUUAAAACUGCACUCUGCCCAUAUUUCAACUGGCCUCAUUGUUUUUCAAAGUUCAAAUUCAAAAGACUAUAUUUACUUAUGCACAUAUUAUUACGCACAUUGUAUUAAAAAUUAGGUAUAUUGAAGAUGUGAUGCAGAAGUUGAACCCAAAGCUUUAAAUUAAUCGCAUUAAUGGCAUUUCUGCUUCUCUGGAUUGUUUUCCAUUAAUAAUUUAAUUAUAAUUUUACACAAACAUGUAAAACCGAGCUGUAGACAAUCAGGUCCGAUUUGUGAAGUUAUUUGUUAUUUUUCUGUCGCAAGUCCCUCAUCACACUCAUGAGCACAUACGUAGAUUUAAUGUGAAAUAUUUGCAGUAGAAUGAGGCAGCAAAAGUUUUACAUUAAACAGAGAUGCCACUUAAACUCA